AUGACAAGAACGGAUGAGAAGUUAGAGGCUCAAGCCAAGCAAUUGAAAAUGCUUGAGAUACAAGUGGGACAAAUUGCCGAGUCUAUAAACAAUCAACGCCAACAAGGGCAAUUCCCAAGCAACACAAUCGUGAAUCCCAAGGAGCAUUGCAAGGCCAUUGCUCUAAGGAGUGGAACAACAUAUGAAGAGCCCAAGAUGCCCGACGAAGAAGAUAGAAGUGGUGUUGUGGUUGAAGUUGGAGAUGGCAACCCUUCCAAGGAACAAGGAGAUAGAGGAAAGAAGAAGGAGGUGCACAUCAACAUUCCACUUGUUGAAGCUUUGAAACAAAUGCCCUCCUAUGCAAAGUUCCUAAAGGAGGUCAUAUCAAACAAGAGGAAGAUGGGAGAGAAUGAGACGGUCAAUCUAACCGAAGAAUGUAGUGCCGUUCUCCAAAGAAAAAUCCCCACCAAGAUCAAGGACCCCGGGAGCUUCACAAUCCCUUGUGAUAUUGGGAAUGAUCGCUUUGGGAAGGCUUUGUGUGAUUUGGGAGCAAGUAUAAAUUUGAUGCCGCUCUCAAUCUUCAAUAAGCUAGAGAUUGGCACCAUCAAGCCAACAACAAUUGCCCUUCAAAUGGCGGAUCGUUCCGUUUCUUAUCCAAAGGGGAUAGUAGAAGAUGUCCUCGUGAAAGUCAACAAUUUCAUAUUCCCGGUGGACUUUGUUGUUUUGGACAUGGUGGAAGACAAAGAUGUACCUUUAAUUCUUGGGCGCCCCUUCUUGGCAACGGGGAGAGCCCUCAUUGAUGUUGCUAAGGGCGAACUCACCCUUAGAGUGAAUGACGAGAGCUUCACAUUUUCAAUCCACAAGGCUCUCAAGUACAAGGAGGAAGAAGAAAAGAGGGUUGGUGAAUGCAAGAUGAUGCAAGUGAUAGAGUCUUGCAUCAACAUGGAGGAGUACCACAUCUACAACAAUCCAAUGGACACUUGCCUCCUAAACCCUCUAUUCUCUUUUGUUGAUAAUGAUGAGUUUAAUGCUUCUAACUUAUUUAUUGAGGCUAAUGAAAUGAACUUUGUGCAGAAAAUUUCACAAGGAGAGGCAUGUUUCUUGGACUUGAGAAAUGGAGAGCCGAAAGAUGAAGGAGUGGAGAAGAAGACUCCCAGCUUGGAGUUAAAACCUCUCCCCGAACACUUGAAAUACGCCUUCCUUGGUGAGGAUGAGGCGUAUCCGGUAAUUGUAUCAUCCUACCUUUCUCCUCAUGAGCUUGAUCAAUUGCUAAAUGUUUUGAGGAAGUAUAGGUCCGCUAUAGGAUGGUCAAUUUCCGAUUUAAAAGGGAUUAGCCCAUCCAUUUGCAUGCAUAGGAUUUUGAUGGAAGAUGAUUUUAAACCUAGGAGGCAAGGCCAAAGACGGUUAAACCCUAUUAUGCAAGAAGUAGUAAGAAAAGAAGUUCUCAAAUUGCUAGAUGCGGGAAUUAUUUUUGCUAUUUCGGAUAGUGAGUGGGUUAGUCCCACUCAAGUUGUUGCUAAAAAGGGGGGGAUAACCGUCAUAAAAGAUGAGCAUAAUGAGCUAAUUGCAACUAGGUGUGAGGAAACUAACCUUGUCUCCAAAGCCGGAUUGGAGGUGGAUCGAGCAAAGAUAGUGGCCAUUGAGAAGCUUCCACCACCAUCCAAUGAGAAAGCCGUGAGAAGCUUCCUUGGACAUGCCGGGUUUUAUCGAAGAUUCAUCCAAGAUUUCUCAAAGAUCACCAAACCCUUAUGUCACCUUCUUGAAAAAGAUGCAAAGUUCAACUUUGAUGAAGAUUGUUUGGUGGCCUUUGAGAAACUCAAAAAGGCUUUAGUGAGUGCUCCCAUCUUGAUCACACCGGAUUGGUCACAACCGUUUGAGCUCAUGUGUGACGCAAGCGACAUCGCCGUCGGGGCCGUGUUGGGGCAAAAGAAAGACAAGCUAUUUAGAGUCAUCUACUACGCUAGUAGGACUCUAGAUAAGGCUCAAUCAAACUACACCGUCACUGAAAAUGAACUUUUGGCGGUUGUGUAUGCCUUCGACAAAUUUCGCUCCUACCUCAUUGGCACAAAAUCUAUUGUUCACACCGACCAUGCGGCCAUCCGGUAUUUAUUUGAGAAGAAAGAUGCCAAGCCGAGGUUGAUAAGGUGGAUCCUCCUCCUUCAAGAGUUUAAUAUUGAAAUCCGAGAUAGGAGAGGAUGUGAAAAUGUUGUGGCGGAUCACCUUUCAAGACUUGAGAAUCCCGUGGAAGGGGAAAAUGCCGAUGUGCCCAUCAAUGAGAAUUUUCCCGAUGAGCAAAUCUUGCAAGUCAAGACCCACACCCCAUGGUAUGCGGACUACGUCAACUAUCUUGCAUCCGGCAUUCAUCCACCACCCGAGUUGAAUCGUUACCAAAGAAAAAAAUUCUUUCAUGAUGUGAAAUUCUUCUUAUGGGAUGAGCCGUUCUUGUAUCGACGAUGUGCCGACACCAUCAUCCGGCGGUGUGUACCCGAAGAGGAAUGGGGAGCUAUUAUGAGGGAGUGUCAUUCUUCCCCUAGUGGAGGGCACUUUGGCACCAACCGAACCGCUUUUAAGGUGCUUCAAAGUGGCUUCUAUUGGCCAACUAUUUUCAAGGAUUGCCACUCAUUUAUUUUGAGUUGUGAUCAAUGCCAAAGAAUGGGAGGAAUAUCAAAGAAGCACGAGAUGCCCCUUAACAAUGUGAUUGAAGUUGAGCUCUUUGACGUAUGGGGCAUAGACUUUAUGGGCCCAUUCCCAAUGUCUUUCGGCUUCCAAUACAUUUUGUUGGCCGUGGAGUAUGUUUCAAGAUGGGUGGAAGCAAUUCCUACUCAAACCAAUGACUCCAAAGUGGUGAUCAAGUUCCUUCAAAAGAAUAUUUUGACAAGGCAUGGAAUUCCAAGGGCCUUGAUAAGCGAUGGAGGAUCCCACUUUUGCAACAAGUGGAUGGAAGGACUUCUCAAAAAGUACGGGGUGAAGCAUAGAGUGACAACGGCUUAUCAUCCCCAAGCCAAUGGUCAAACCGAGUUGGCAAACCGGGAGAUUAAACAAGUGCUAGAGAAGACGGUGAAUGGGAGCCGGAAGGAUUGGUCUCUCUUGCUUGAUGACGCACUUUGGGCAUAUCGAACGGCGUACAAGACACCGCUUGGCAUGUCACCAUACCAACUUGUAUACGGGAAGUCAUGUCAUCUCCCCGUAGAGUUAGAGCACAGGGCAUAUUGGGCGGUCAAGAAGCUCAAUUUUGAUUUCAAGAAGGCCGGCCAAGCUAGAGUCUUUCAACUCAAUGAGUUGGAUGAAUUUCGAAGUGAGGCAUUUGCAAGCUCAAGCCUCUACAAAGAGAGGACCAAGAGGUUUCAUGAUAGGAUGAUCCACAAACGGGAAUUUGCACCCGGGGAUGAGGUCCUUCUCUUCAAUUCCCGCCUUUCACUCUUUCCGGGAAAACUCAAGUCCAAAUGGUCGGGCCCAUUCCUCAUCAGCAAGGUCUCCCCCAAUGGAGCUAUUGAAUUGAAGGGCAACGAUGGACGCACUUUUGUGGUGAAUGGCCAACGCAUUAAGGCACAUUUUGCUAUGGCACCACGUGUAACAAAGGGCAAAGGAAAGGGGAAGGUCAGUACCUCCCGUGCCGAUGAGGUGACUAUCACUCGGCACACUCCUCAAUUCUAUGGGAUUCGACUUCCUACUCCGGACUCCCGCGAACGUUGGCAGCAACUUUGUGCCAUUCCUCACCGGCAAUGCCGGUAUAUUUGCUCGGAAACUAUCGAGGCCAUGGGAAUAGCCGAAGACAUUUGGUCUUUGGCGGAUAGAGGCGGAUGGCGGCGAGUAAUCACUGGGGGAUGGUUAGCAUACCGAGGGCUCACUCUUGAGUUCCUCUCCACAUUCCAGCUCAUCAAGUCCAACGGAGCUCCAUCAAGAAUCUCUUUCCAACUCGGGAAUGAGCCCCGAGAGCUAACUAUUGAUGAGUUGGACGAGAUUUUGGGUUGCCCCCAAGGAGGAGCAUACGCCGGUGGGUUAGAGUUCAAUCCCACCCGUAUGUGGGAACGAUGUCACUUUCGAGGCGUGGAGGAGAUUGCAGGCUAUGACUCCCGGCGAUCAAAGGCGGCGUCAUUGCGCAACCCGGUUAUCCGCCUUACCCAACGGGACUUCGGGUUCACUUUCCUAGGUCGGGAGAAUGUGGGCUUUUGUCGGUCGAAUGAGCUCUUACUCAUUCAAGGCGCCCUCACCAACAUCUCCUUAUCUCUUGGGUGUCUUUUGGCCGACCAAUUCGAAUCUCAAGCUCACACAAGAGGGGGCAAAAUAUGCAUUGGAGGCAUGAUCACCCCUAUAGCGACACAUCUUGGGGUGGCUAUUCAAGAAGACCCCAUCUCCCGUGACAUCCUCCUCGACCAACGUUGCCUAGUGCAACAACACUUUCUCGCCUCCGGGAGACGGCUUUUGUGGAUCCUCAAGGGCGACAACGGCAAUGUGUACUUCCCAUUGCCCAAUCCGGCCCUUACCACCAUCAUGGGCCCCGGGGAGGCCGCUAACCUAGGCAUGCGUCAGCCCGCCCACUUUGCCGCCACCAUUGCUCACCUCCAAGACGCACAUGCACAACAACACGCCCCCGAGGGCGAGGAGGAAGAGCAAGCAUAUGAACCAGGUGGUGAGAUACCUCAACCACCCCCGGCGUAUCCAGGAGGGGGUGUCGGAUUUGAGGAUAGGAUGAUGGGCCGCUUUAACUCCUUCCAAGCCGCAAACAUGGCCCGCUUUGAUGCAAUCCAAGAAGAGCAAAGAAGGCAAUAUGAAGCCUUUUUGCAAUACCAAGAGGAUGAGCGGCGCCGCUAUGAAGAGCACAUGCGCCACUUCCAUGCCUUCCAUGGCCCCUUCCCGCCACCGUAG